AUGGUAGAAGCUGAAAGAUUACAAUAUCACAGGUUCCACCAGAGCAAGUUUCGCUCCCAUCAAUCGCAAGGCCUACAUGAGUGCCUAAUUCAGGGUGAGAUACAGGCUGCAAGAACUGGCAAACGAGUUAUCCUGCCGUCUUCAUUUGUCAGCGGUCCCCGAUACAUGUACAACAAUUGCAAAGAUGCAUUUGCUAUUUGCAGGUAUGCCGGUUACCCUAGCUAUUUCAUUACUAUCACAUGUAACCCAGAUUGGAACGAGGUUAAAGAUUGCGUUGCGGACUAUUCAUUAAAGCCAAGUGACAUGCCUGAUAUCAUAUCAAGGGUUUUCAAGAUCAAGUUAGAUGCUUUGCUAAAAGACUUAAAGGAUGGUUCCAUAUUCGGAAAGCCCAAAGGAAUUGUGUACACAGUUGAAUUCCAGAAGCGUGGUCUUCCCAACUGCCACAUUUUAUUAUUUAUUCAGUCAGUCGAAAAACCUAGAUCAUCUAAUGAUAUUGACCAUCAUAUAUCGGCUGAGAUACCUGAUGAACAUACCCAACCUAAGCUGUACAGGUUAGUCCAGAAAUUCAUGGUUCAUGGACCCUGUGGGGUUUUGAACACGAGUAGCCCGUGUAUGGUUAAUGGGAGGUAUUCCAAGUUUUAUCCAAUGCCAUUUCGUGAGAAAACAGCCAUAGACAGUGCAGGUUUUCCCACGUCUAAACGGUCGGAUAAUGGUCGUUCAACAAGCAAGAGGAAUGUUAACCUUGACAAUCGGUUUAUUGUCCUGUACAAUGCAACAUUGCUCCUUAAGUAUGGGUGCCACAUAAAUGUUGAGUAUACUUGCCAGACGUCUGCUAUUAAGUAUUUGUUCAAGUACGUCCACAAAGGUAAUGAUCGUGUCACAGCUUCAUUCUUCCGAUCACAUGAUUUAGCUGAUUCUGUUGUCAUUGUGGAUGAAAUCCAAAACUACUAUGAUUGCCGAUAUAUAUCUGCUUGUGAGAAUGUUUUGUACGAAGAUCAUCAGCUUAUUGAGAAUGUUAUCGAGGCUGCGGUCUCAAAGGAUAGUAUGUUUAUUGGCUGGUUUAAGGCUAACAAGGAUUUUGAUCUUGUCCGAACACUAACUUACGCGGAGAUGCUGUCGUUUUUUAUUUGGGACAAGCAGGGGCAUAUGUGGAGGCCACGGAAGCAAGGGAAUGUGAUUGGUCGUCUCACACAUAUUCCUCACUCGCAUGGAAAGGAGUACUACCUUCGUUUGUUAUUGAAUUAUCAAAAAGGGUGCCAUACAUUUGCUGAUGUUCGUUCUGUUGAUGGCAUUGUGUAUGAUACAUUCAAAGAGGCCUGUUAUGCGCUAGGGUUAUUGCAGGACGAUAAGGAAUUUAUCGAUGCACUUAAUGAAGCCAGUUUCCAGCAUUCUGUUCACGAGAUUAAGUCCAUCACGCUUGCCAAAAUUGAAAAACUUUUGCAGCUGAAUAGUCAGAGCCUAAAAGAAUUUACUGACAUGCUGUUUCCUGAUUGUGUUGCUUCGACUGAACCUUCUGACAUAGUCUUUUUUGAUGAGCUCAAUUUUGACAAGACAGAGUUGGCAAGUAUUUCCAUCAAUUUGGUUUCCCGGUUGAAUCGAGACCAGCGCGUUGCGUUUGACACAAUAGCGAAUGCAGUUAGUCGUGGCGCUGGUGGUUUUUUCUUUGGUUGUGGAUACGGUGGAACUGGUAAGACUUUUCUACGGAAUGCACUGUCUACUUUAAUAAGGUCGAAGGGUGAUAUUGUUCUCAACGUGGCAUCCAGUGGCAUUGCAGUGCUGUUGUUGCCUAAUGGGCGAACUGCUCAUUCACGCUUUAAGGUUUCACUCAGUGUUAACCAGGACUCUAUUUGUAAUAUAAGGCAAGGCACACCUCUUGCGCGUCUUAUUUCAUCUGCAAAAUUAAUUAUAUGGGAUGAGGCACCUAUGUUAAAUAAAUUUUGCUUCGAAGCGCUCGACAAGUGUCUUAAGGAUGUUCUUCGUUUUGAUCGUGGAUAUAAUCCUGAUGCUCCAUUUGGUAGAAAAAUGUUGUUCUGGGAGGUGAUUUCUGUCAGAUAUUGCCUGUGA